GAAUGCCAUCGUCAUGCACAAGAGCACAACAACCAUCCACCCUGUGUCCUGAAAUGGCCGCACCAUCCCCCCGAAACUUGCACGGUGUGUUGCGAGGACAAAAACUGUGUGCUUUAUGCCGCCGACCUCAUAACAGCGUCUACCAAAAUAAUACCAACAACGACGACGACGACGACGCCAAAACCAACAACUACUACCAGCACCGCCACUACCACUACAGCAACGACGACGACAACAACAACAACGACAACAACAACAACAACAACACCAACAACGACCCCCACAACUACAACCACGCCCAUCCCUACGACGACGACGACUUUGAGUCCACUUCAGGCGUUUCUGAAGGAGCCCUGCCAUGACCUCUUGACCUGUGACCCCACCAUGUGUUACAACAAAUUGGCGCCAACUUUGUGUCGCAAGUUCUGCAAUCUCUGCCACUACCCAGCUCUUUCUUACAACAACUCGAUCCCGACGCAACAUCCUCCCCCCGCAACCGCGCAGACCAACACAUCAGCUGCAACAGGCUCGGUGACCAACAGGCUGACAACGUCGCCCCAGCACCUUGCACUGACCACCUGACCAGUGUGAAAUGUACGGACAUCCCCAACGUCUGUCUCAAUGUGCUCGCCCCUGUCGCCUGCCCCAAGACGUGCGGAAUCUGCUAACACUUUGUGAGAAUCAACGGAGGUGUGGAGAGGACAGAAUGGAACUAUAAAGGCAACAUCCUUGUCCACCUGGAGUUAACACAAAACAUAUUUAGAAAAUAAAAGCAGUCAUCAAAGUAA